AUGUCAGAUGUCGUGAUUGCUCGCAUACGUAUUCUGCUCUUCUUCACAUUUUCAGCUGCUUUCAUUACGUUUUCCAUUAAACGUUACUUCCAGAUUACGGUCAAGGCAACCAUUCAACCAAAUGCGAAGAACACUUCCACCAAGGCUCAUACACAAGAACUUCAUCCCACCGAGAUAUCGCUCAGGAACUUGAUUGAAUUAGACGGGGCAGGAUCAUGGCCUCCAAAGACUUCCUAUGGAAAAGCCUGGCCUGGAGUCCUUCGUCCAUACCACGAUAUCUAUCUCGAGCUUGUACCCUCCUUAUCAACAGCGGAGCUAUCGAUCGAUGAUUGCGUCAAUUAUCAACGUUGUUUGGAUUACCGAGCUAAAUACAGACAUGCAUUGGAAGAGCGAAUUAAUAUAGAAAAGGUUGACGCAUUGCUGUCCGCAGCCGAGAAAGAAGACACCAAAACUUUGCUAAGGGAAGCUUGGAAUGGACUUUUUGCUUGUAUCGCGCUGUCAAGACAUGCAUAUCGGUGAGUGCUUCUCAUCGAAUUCAAGGCUACAGGCUGACAAAAUAUAAGGUGGGGAACAAUCCCUAUCGUCAAGUUGGCACAAGAAGAACAAGUGGUCAACAUGCCAGCGCAGCUGGAUGUGCCCUGGGAGUAUCUCAAGCGACGAUUCGGAGUGACAUCUCCAGGCGGAAACAUAACCAGCAACUAUCUUUGCAACUUCAACAACAAAGCACAGCUCGUCUACCAAAUUAACCCCAGCAUGUCAGACACCAUUCAAUCAGCAGAUACAACUUUGCUCAUCUCCUGCCGGCUAUGGAGGAACAAGCCCUACAAAUCUACCAUGUAAUAACCGAGUCCAUACAACAACACACCAUAGGCGACCGCAAAGCUCCUCUCCAAACCCUCCGUCAAAUCAAACUUGCGCUGCGCAGACUAUUAAAACUCUACUAUGAGACAAUGCUUGAGUCCAAGAUCUCUCGCAAAGUAUGGAUGCGCUACGUCCAAGGCUUUCAAGGCUGGGCUGCUGGAACCAUCGAUCCCAUUAUCGGGGAAUAUACCGAGUACGAUGAACUUUCCGGGAACCAGCUUUUGCUCCCUCAGGUCAUCGAUGCAUUCUUGGGACUUGAUGGUUAUUUGACCACCGAGAAUACCGUUCGCUUUAUUCCCAAACGUCAGCGGGAAUUCAGAGACCUUAUCCGAGAACACAGUUUCCGACAGGUAGCCAAGGAUGCUGGCGACUUUGAGGUAGAGGAAGAGAUGUGCAAUGUUGUGAAGCAGACGAGAGUUUUUCGUACGGCUCAUAGAGUAAGGGUAGAGCCUUACUUGAGUGUUCCUGCUCCGGAAAGGUUGAUCAUGACUGCGGGAAAGAGUGUACUUGAGAAUGACCAAGUUCACGAUUAUGAAGCAGCGAUUGCACUGUUGGAUAUGACGUUGGCCGACAGGUUGGCAGAAACAAGGUGA